CAAGUAGUAAAUUAUGUAAAAUACACUUGUGGGGACACUUGCCUGCUAAUACACGAUGGCGUUCCUCUGGAAAUUUGUGUUUUUAGCCAUUUUCUCUGGUUUUAAUUCUCAACCUUUGCUAUUCAAUUGUGAAAAAGAACCCGACAAAUGCGAAUCAAAAGGUUAUUUUUACAGAGACAAUAAUCAGCUCAAGAGUCUCGUGAGAGGACAAGACGAAAUUCUCAAGGAGAUGAGUCGAUUUGGAAACAUUUUAGAGGAAAUUAGGAAUCGGAUUUCUUUACUUGAGAGAACCGCUUUAUAUAAAGACUGCAAAGAACUAUAUGAUAUGGGUAGAAGAAAGUCAGGGGUCUACAGUAUCUAUCCUUUGGACUUGCUCCAUCAGGUGAAAUCAGUACAAGUGUACUGUGAUAUGGAUACAGCUGGGGGAGGGUGGACUGUAAUACAAAAUAGAGUUGAUGGCAAGGUGAAUUUCAGCAGAAGUUGGCAAGGCUAUAAGGUUGGAUUUGGGGAUGUGUCGACGAGCUACUGGAUAGGGAAUGACGUCAUACAUGAGCUGACAAAGGAUAACAGCAGUUUGCUGUAUGUAAGCAUUACAGGCAAGGACGGCACCACCCACUAUAUUCAGUAUGACACAUUCUCUAUAGCCGGAGAAGAUGACGAUUACAGAUUGUAUAUCGCUGGAAACGCAUUUGGAACAUUAGACGAUAGAAUACGAUACCGUUCAGGGGGAGACAACAUAAACGGGAUGAAGUUUUCUACGUAUGACAAAGACAAUGACCUCUCAUCAAAUCAUUGCACAGAUACGAUGGGUAUAGGAGGAUGGUGGUUCAACAAGUGCAACGAUGCCUACCUGAACGGCCAGUAUCCACCUGGAAAGUGGAGUCAACCUUGGCAUGGUACAUUUGAUGAUGGAUCAAAGAUUUCCAGUACAAAGAUGAUGAUUAAGAGAAAAUGAUUGAGUAUUCUUUUAAGUAUAGAGAGAAUCAAGAAAAUUGUUGAGCAUAAUAUUUCUCUAAUUGAAACACUAGUCUGUAUAAAUGAUUUUUUAAAAAAUAAUGUAUGAAAUCGCAUUAGUGCAAGCAUCUUGUGAAGCAAAAUUAUUAAAAAACAUUAGUUCGUAUAUAUGAGGUUGGUGAAUAGAUCAUUUAAAAAAAAUCGUUUUAACAUGCUUAUUGAAUUUGUUAUAAUUGAUAAAGAAAAUUGUAACAACACUGUAAAAUCAAAAACUUUCUUGGAUACAGUUUUGUUAAGUCUGAGGAAAAAAAAUGUUAUGUGGGGAUUUGAUCUCUUGGUUUGAGAAAUGUUGAGUAAUUUUGCAUAUUAAAAUUUACAUUUCGUGGGUCUCUCCAUGCCUUGAAAACAACUAAAGUUAAAUUCACACGAAAAUAAGUGAUUUUACAACAUAUUAAUUUGUUGAAACUAAUUCCAAAAUUUAUUAUAUCGAAUUUAAUUUGUUUGAACAAGUUCUAAAGAAUUUUAUGCAAGGAAAAUGUUUACAUGUGUUUAGCACAUGUAAAACACACACAAAGGGCGCACAUGUAUAUUGUUUUUAUUUUUACCCAUGUUGAUGCUUUGUACUGUUUGUAUGGACUUUUGAUUUUAAAUUUAUUUCUUUAUUUCCUCAUAUGAAAAUCAACAACUCGUUGUAUCAGAUUUGAAUAUAUUUUUAUUAGGUCUUAAAUAGGCUACACUUAAUAGAUUAAGAAUACUUUUUAUAGCUAUUUUGGAAUUUGUUUUCACAAGUUUAUUAAUUCGUUUACAAAAAUGAAAUUCAUUAUAAGGAAGUAAACAAAUUACCUGUAAAUAUGGAGAAUAUCAUUAUGAUACCAAGUAUAUUUAAAAAACAUUCGUAAAUUAAUGAAAAUAAUAAUAUUCUAUUUAAAUUGAAGUUAAAAAUAAUUUUGAAAGUCGCUUUCUGUACGAUCGAUUAAUAUCCAAUAAUAUAUUUUGCUUAUGGAUAUUAUCCAGUAGAUGUCAUAUAUGACCAUAAGAUUUCAAAAAGUGUUAACUAAAGAUAAAAAUUUAAGUGAAAUGGUUGACUUGUUAAAUGCAUGGAAUUAUUGAAAAUGAAUGAGAUCGACCAAUAUCGUUGGGAAAAGUUAAAAAAAAAAAAAAACAACAACAACAAAAUCUGCAUAACUGGGUAAUAUCACUGUUGUUAAUUUAAUAACAUGUACUUCGGUUACAUAAAAUUAUAUUAUGUAGAACAAAUUUAAUGUUUGAAUUUCUUAUUUCUAUCAUAUCACGUCUAAAACCAUAAUUUACCAUAUGAGAAAAAUCGAAACUAAAAUUUACCUUAGUGAUAACUUUGACAUUUUGGUAAACAUUCUGUCUCUUGUGAUAACUUUUAAAAUUUUGAUUAACAUCAGAUAAUGUGACAAAGUUAUAACAUUUAUUUUAUUUAUUAAGGCGAGUAUCGCGCUCACUUUUGAAAUCCUAUUUUUCCCGAUUAUUUGAAUCAAGUGAGAAUGAUUCUAGCAUUUUGUAAAGGCUUAUGUCGAACUCUCUUUUGUAAUCUUAUUCCUGACUGACGUAUUCUUAAAAUCAACUCAAUCUACAAUCUGGGUAUAAAUACACAGGUUCGAUUAAAAAAAUUCCUUGUCCCAUCAGACAUUUUCAAGGUCACGACACCUCGUGGUCGUGCUGUCCAUAUAAGUAUUUGCUUUUGUAAUACUUCUCUUUUUCAUAACUCAUGUUAUUUUUUUAUUUUCUAUUUAUUUGACGUUAUGUUUUGUCUACUGGGUAAAAUAAUUUAUGUAUAGUUUUUCUAGACACUUAUGCCAUUACCGUUUAUUUGCUGUUAAAUAAAGAUAUAAAAUAUUAA